UCACUUGCUGUGUACGCUCGCAAUUUUUUAAGUAAUUUUUUUUUUUUUUUUUUUUGGCGUUGCUGUUUGCGUGGAUGUUGCGUGGCUUGCUACUUCAAACUACCCAGAAAAGGACAAAAAAAGUAGCUUCACACCAACAUUUCAGCUUCGACAUAAAUACACAGCUGUAGAAAGUUCCGAACAGAAAGUGACGGCGUGUUAGCUGUUAGCUAACCCCGUGUGCAGCUGUAGCUGCAUGGCUAACGUCACGCUGAGGCCAGUCUCUCCCAGGCUCUUGGUAUGGGAAGCAGAAUGUCGUUUGGCAGUGGAAGCGGUGACCAAAAUGCAGUCUCUGAAUUAACGUCUGUGGUAUCCCAUCCUGUUCCCUACAUCCCUAACAAUCAUGUUCCUGUCAACUGCCAACAGAUAACUGAAGACGACACUGGAUGCAGUGAAUAUGACCUCGAGGUGAGGCGGGGUGAGGGUCAUGGAGUGCAUCAUACAGGACUGAACCAGUCUGCACGUGAGUCACACUUACCAGGAAGAAUAGAUUCUGAAGGUCUCACGAAUUCUGAAGUGGCCAAUGAAGAAAAUUGUCAACAGAGUGAUGGUGCAGCAUCAGAAGUCAUCAUGCAAGGAAAAUCUCAAGUCUCAGCCAGCCUGUGCAGCUAUUCAUUGCAAACUACUGGACAGUCAGCAAAGGUUCGCCGAAAACCUGGCCACCCUCGAAAAAGAAAAAUAUUCACUAAGAACAUACUAGUUCCAGAGUCUGUUGGUCCUAAUGCAGUUCAACAUCAGGAGGACGUCACAGCAACAUCAUGUGAGGGUAUUGAGGAUUCCAUGCCAACAAGCUCAGAAAACCACUGCAGCCAUGAUGUGCCUUGGACCAGUGAUGGUCAGUUAGUCAAUCAUUUGCCUCAUAGUGAAAGAUCUGGUUAUCACUGCAUGUCUGAUAGUAGACCAGAAGUUAUUAUGUCUGUGAUGAAGAAAAGAGGAAGACCAAGAAAAGAUAAAAGCCCUGUUUCUGAAAGCAAUUUUACUGAUGAAAACAGUAGUGGUUCUACGUGGAGCCUGAGGAAAAGACAACGACCGGCUUUGACAACAGAUGAAAAGACUGAAUCUGAUGACAAAGUCACCCUCACAGCGCGCUCAGCAAGCAGUGUUAAAUCUAACUGCCAUCACAUUGAUUUGGCUGAUGAGCAAAUUCCAGCUAAAUUGUUCAAACCUGAUUUUUCUCAAGAGGCCUCCACCGUGUUGAGGAGUGACACAGGUGAUGGGGAGAAAACUGGGACAGAUAAACAAGUGAGCUUGAACUCUGAAGACCAGAUGAGCUGUAGUUCUCAUGGAACAUCUCCUGAAUGUGACCGUCCACCUCACGCUCGGAUCUCCUCUACUGUGAAAGCCGAGGAAACAGAGAUCGAACUUGAUCAUUUAAAUUCCAUGUCUCAGAUAGAUGAAGUUUUACAGAAUGACGGCAGCAUGACGGAGUGUGCAAACAGCCAGGCAAACAUUUAUGUGUUCACCAGAGGCAAGGAGAGGAGGAGACAUGCUUUGUUGCCAAGAGAGCAUCUUCCACCGCCAAACGAGCCCACUGAAGGCAACAGCAAUGUACAGCCAACGGCAGACAGCAAUACGCAACAAACAGCGGACAGCGACGUGCAACAAACGGCGGACAGAGACACGCAACAAACUGUGGAUGACGAUGCACCGAAAACAGUGGACAUUGAUGCACAGCAAACAGACGGCAACGCACAGCAAACAGCGGACGGAGAUGCUCAGCAAACGCUAGCUGAUACUAAAGAAGAGGACAACACAAAUCCAAUCUACACUAAACGAGGCGGGAAAACUUUGUUGAAAUGUGGUUUCUGUGGUCGUGUAUGCAAAUUUCUUUCUCAGUUCAUUAUCCAUCAACGCAUUCAUACGGGCGAAAAGCCUUUUAAAUGCCUUGAAUGUGGGAGAUGUUUUAGCAAAAAUUCUAACUUAAAUCUUCAUCUCAAAGUACACCGGAAGAACAACGCAUAUCAAACUUGCCCAUACUGCAAGAUCAGAUUCUCCUAUUGUGAGUAUUCUUCUCAUAUUAAAACACACGCUCAUGAACUUCACAAAGAAAGUGAGAAGGACAAAUCUCAGAGACAAGGGAGUGACAUCAGUAAGAGUGUGGAACUUGUUAAAUCGGCGGCUCCUGAAAAGAAACCGUGCAAAGUGUGCAAGUACUGCGGCAAAAUGUUCACCUUUCCGUCUGCGCUCAUCAGGCAUGAGCGUGUGCACACCGGAGAAAAGCCUUACAAAUGUGAUAUCUGUGGGAAAGCUUUUGGUCAGGCCUAUUUCCUUCGGGUUCACGAGUUGACACACUGGUCUGUGAAGCGUUACAACUGCACACGUUGUGGUAAAUCAUUCACCCAUUACAGCAAUGCAAGAAAUCAUAUAUGUAGAACGCCUGAGAUCGGUGAGGAUUGUCAGUAUAGCCGACGGCCGAAGCCUUCACUGACAUACACGUGCCACAUCUGCAAGAAUGUUUUUGGCCAGCUGCAAGAGUUCAACAACCACAUGAAAGCCCACACUGGUGCAAAGCUGUACCGGUGCGUCUGCUGUGACAAGCUUUUUGGGGUCCUGUCAGAAUUCAAAGAGCAUCAGAGGCAGUGUGCCCAGUCCAAAGGCACGGAAUCCAUCUCUGGCAUCACCGAAGAAGAGCCUGUGGCAUUAAUACAGUACACGUUACCUGCAAAGAGGUGUUCAUCAGUUUUGUCUGUCACACCACAGAAUUGCCAAACACAGAAAAAAACACCUGCUCAAACUCGCAGCAAGAAACCGUUUUCUAACUCAACUAAACCAUUUCAGCCUACGAAUAUACCACCUCAUCAUCUGUCACACUUCGUGUCGAAGCUAAACACACUCGAUAACAGGUCGGACCCCAGGAAAUAUUUCUGCCCGAGAUGUGGAAGACUGUUCCGGCACAUGGGGCGGCUCAGAGCCCACAUGCUCAGUCACCCCCGGAGUCAAAACUACACGUGCAGCUGCUGUGGUAAGAGCGUUGACAACUGGAAACAACUGUGGCGUCACCAGAGAGUGCACAGACAGCGACACGGCCGCUUCACUUGUCCUCAGUGCGGCCGAGGCUUUCGUUUCGUGGAGCCCUACAAAAGACACAUGAGCGAGCACUCAGAGGUCACGUGGAAUCAGGUGAGGCCCAGAAAAGUGUUUUUGCCUUAUCAGUGCGAACAGUGCAGAAGUCGAUUUAGAACUCUAGACUUGCUGUUCAAACACCAACUUUGUCAUGCGCCUGCACAGGACGUGCACAAGUACUCUGAUUUUGACUUGUCAGUAGAUGUUCUUGGUGUACAAACCAACAUAAUGUCGAGUCCCGCCAUCGACAACUGCAUAACAGGAAACGCUAAACCCAAGGAAAGCAACUUCAGUCCUGCUCUGUUCGUCCAAACUUGGAAUUCUCCUUUGAACAGCGUCUCAAUAAGUGCACAAACAGCUACUUCAGGGUUACCUCUGGCCCCUGUGAUUUCGUUAGUUCAAAAGCAGACAUUUGUUGUGGGUAAAACCAUCCAGCAUCCCGGUAAUGCACUUCUGAUCCAUGGUGGAGAAAACGGUCAAGACAACGAGGAGGCAAAUAAUUUUGGAAAUCUGAUACCAUCACCUUUGAGAAUGGUGAAGGAACAGGCUCAAGAUGCCAACAAAUCAAAUAAAUGUGGAGGUCCUGCAGAAGACAUCCGGUGCACUGUGUGUGGUCGCACUUAUUCAGUCAUUUCAGACCUCUAUUAUCAUUAUUUACAGCAUGCAAGAGGUCAGCUUUAGUGACCUACACGGAGUGACUGACAGAACUUUUCAGUUGUGAAUUUUUGUUCUACCUUUUUUGUUCUAACAUUUGUUCUGGAUAAAUUAUUCAAUCGUCAUAUCUGUUAUGUUUGUACAGAUACACUGAAUGUACAAAAUAAUGAGGAAACUUCUUGGGGGGUUUUGGACGUUCACAAGUUAAGCAGCUCCAGGUACAAACCAUUAUUAUGGUUUCACCUUCCUGAAUUAAAUUAACAGCUGCCAGAAUUGGGCAGAUGUGUGUGUGUGUGUGUGUGUGUGUGUGUGUGUGUGUGUGUGUGUGUGUGUGUGUGUGUGUGUGUGUGUGUGUGUGUGUGUGUGUGUGUGUGUGUGUGUAAGCACGAGUACAUGAUAAGUCAAAAACAAGUGAAUGGAUAGUGGAAAGUUGUUUUUGGAUCAAGAAAGUGUCUGUUAUAACCUGACGCUGAUCCAGAUUUGUUUGAAAGUAUCUUUAUUUCUUUAUUUAACGUUAUGGGACAAGUUUACCCUCCGUGUCUUAGUGGGUGUUUUCAAAGUCAGUUUUAUGACCUCAAAAAGAUGGAUACAUCGCCUGCAGAUACAAUUCUGAUUUCAAAUUCACACUCGAGUUUGCUUAUGAAGUCACACAAACUUGUUGACCCAAAUUUAAACCUCCGCUUUUGUUAUCUGACAGAAGCCCUAAUGUUUGGCCAUUAUUGCCUUCGAGGAGUUUCGCUGUCUGUGUGACUGUUGUAGUUAAACCUGAACCAAUCACAGAUUUUCUGAAUGGUUUUGAGUUUUGCCAACUCAGCAGUGCAGACUGAAAUUGUAGGAUCACCCCAUCUGCCUGUGCAGGGAAGGGUUCACUAGUCGAAGGUUCACUAGUCUGUGUGUGUAUUUACUCCAAAUGAAGACAAACAUUGCAAUUCAGAGUCACCCAUGAAGGUUGGAUAAUUGCCAUUUGAAUUAAAUGCCAAAGUCUUAAUUAUGAAAUAUUGUGUAUGACAUUUACAUUGUACGGUGUAUCGUUAUAAUCAGUGAAGUUAAAAACAAGGUGAUGUUUUGUUUUGUUUUUUAAUUAAAGUAACAUUCACUCUCACAUCACAGAUGAAAGAAAUGUCUUUUUAAUUGAAACAAAAAAGUAUACAGAUAAUAAUGCAGCCUACGGAAACUUGGCAUCAAAAUAUGAAACUGAACCUUCAGACUAGUGGGAUGUUCCCCCGUGCACACAAAAAUUCAAAUUACUGUAAAGAGUUUGACAAUUUUGUGGAAAGAUGGUGCUUGGGUUGGGGGAAUUAAAUUCCUUGGCUUUAGCAAAAGUCUUGGCAUGUGAGUGAAUAGAUGGAUAACUGAGUCCAUCCCCUCCAGUUUAACAUGUUUACUGAAAAGCAAUAAAUGCUUUCAUCUUCUAAGUCUCCAAAUUUAGACCAACCUGAAUAAAACAUGGUUGAGCUAUGCACCAGAUCAGUGCAAAAAAUAAGUUUGUUUUACUUAUUUAAUAUACCUUAAUGCCAGACUGCUGCCUGGACAUGUCUGGACUCACUGCAGAGGAUAAUCGUACCAUCACAUGCACGCCAGAAAUUGAGAGCAGGUUCUGCUCCUAACGUGGUUGAAGUUGCAUGUAGCUUUAAAUGGACUUAUCAGUUUCUUUAAUUUCCAAAGCCUUGGUCUGGUGGCUACCAAAAAUCCACUGCUGCUUCUUUUGAGGAACACCUGGAAAUGAUUCAAAAUCUCUUCCUUUAAUCAUUUUCUGAGCAUUUCACGAGGCAGUCUCCAUUGUAUAGUUCACAAAGAUCUUCUUUCUAUAAUUUUUGCACAACUACCAACAAAGUGAAGUUUAAAAUCUCGAUUGAAGAGGUAAUAAUUGUUGGGCGUUACUGAAUCAAUGCAGAUGUUGACGUUCUCCCAGUGCACCUAAUGGUUAAAAUUUAAGAUGGGUGGAUUUUGCUGAUGAGAAUACAGUAAUGACCCCCACUGUUUAUACAUUCAUGAGUUCUGUAUCUACAAAGAACCAGCGGUGGGACAAUGUAUUGACGUAGCUGUUGAGUAUUUGAAUAUUGCACUGUAUGUUUAUCAUUGCAAAAGGACAGUUUGAUAAAUAACCACUUAACCAUUUUGAGCCUUAUUCAUCCUUGUUGCCUUACACCUUGCUGUUCAUUUUUUUUCUUCUUUUUUUAAAAAUGUUCGAACAAACAUGCACGCACCUAUGUGGCUAUAAGUGCAGGACAAAAAUGACUGAGUGGCGGGUAACACUGAAUUUAUUUGUAAACUCUUGUAAUAUUUGUUGUUGUUUAACUCACACAAACCUCACACAGUCGUUGCUGUUUGGUGAACCAUAGCAGCAACGCAUUUUAAGAGCUGAUAGCUAUAGCUCGGUUUAGUUUGACAUUUUUUAGCUUUCAUACCACGUGAAUGUUCACCCAGUAUGCACGACCAAGUCAGUGAGCUCCUAGAUGUACGUUUGUUUUUGAAAUACUAGUCAUGUUGUCACCUAAUCCAUUAUUCUAAUUUGUGCUUUUCAGAUCAUGCAGAUCUAAUUUUCAUAGAUUCGAAAGUUUCAAUUUGAGUUUGGUCUGUAUCAUUUUCAAUUUUAAUUUUGAAUUAAUAUAAGUAUCAGCAUUUAUUGUAUGUAUGCAUUUGUAAUAUGUACCUGCUUCAGAUUAAAUGAUCUGAAUUGGCCAGAAUUCCAACCCUGGCAUAUUUAAAGUGAUGGCUGUUUUGAUUAACAUCUGUUACUAUUCACUGUUUUUGAAAAGCUGUUUUCGUGCUACAUUGUUCUUUAUUUCACACAAGCCUUUUUCUGCUCAGCAGUAAUUACAGAUAGUUAUUAAAAUGUCAGAGUAAACCAGUAAAAAAUGAAAUGCUAUGUUAAUUCAAUUAUGCCAACAAUUACAGGCUCAGCUUUAAUAUUUACAUGCUUUGAAUUAAAUGAGAUAAAACGGACAGAAUUCCAACAUUGGGAUAUUUAACGUGAUGGCUGUUAUUAUAAGCAUCUGUUACUUUUCACCAUUUUUGAAAAAAAAAAAACUUUAAUCCUACAAUUUCAAGUUUCAGUUUUGUCAACAUCACAAAGUUUCAUUUCCAAUAUGUUGUAUAUAAUUUUGUGCAUUAGCAAGAAUAAAGGUCACUUUUCUCUAUA